AUGGAACCAACACUCUUGCCUCAAACGUAUCCUGUCGCAAUAGCAGAUGGUUUCAUCCAAAAUGAGCCCGAGCAACGUACGAUUUAUAUGCGUUGUCCUGAUGCUUUGUUCAAACAUGUCGAGGUGCUUGACGAGUCAGGGAAAAUAUUAUUUACUUCGGAAGGCCAUCCUCAUACAUCCCGUACCUGGCGUCGAACAGUUAGAGAUGCCGCAGGGACCACUAUUUUCCAUCUCCGCACAUAUAUUCUUUAUUGGAAAGUGCAAGGUCCAGGGGAUGACGACAUCUGCAAAGUCGAUCACGUUGCAAGGCAGAGUAACCCAAAGGCUCUUGACCUAAUUGUCAAAAACCAGGCAGAUAAGGGUAUUGAUGAGCUGGUUGAGGUUCGGCCAACUGACCUAGCCGGUGUCACUGUCUUGGUUAAUAUAAGAAACGAACCUGUUGCUUCAAUCCAAUUGAUAGGAGCUAAUCCAACAUCACCAUUCAGGAAGAAAUCGGAUAGAAGUGUUUGGAAGGCUCAAAUCGCCAAUGGUGUUGACCUCGCUCUGAUCGUUGCUAUAAUGUUAUGUCGAGCAGAAUUACAUCUCUCUAUCGGUUAA